AUGCAGCUCUCUACCUUCGCUACUAUCCUUGGUUUCGUUUGUGCUGCCAUUGCAGCUCCUCAUGCACCUGAGGGCGGCGAUGACUACAGCAAAGGCGGAGAACAUCAGGAGGUCGAGCGCUACUGCUGUUCAUACAACACCUACCCCCCUAGUGCAAGCUACGAUGACUAUGGCAGCGGUGAGGCGAUUGGAUGCUCCAAGACCAACGGCGCAUGCGGUCCUAGCUUCCCCGUUCCCUGGACCUGCCCUGUUGGCACUGGCAGUGGCGACUGGCAGGCUUGCACGUGCACUUCGUCUACUGAGUGCCCCAACACUCCUGAACCCGAGUCCGUUGUCGACGCCCUGCUCGACACCGUCACAGAUACCCUGCCCUUGUAA